AUGGCUGAUUUGGUGACAUUAACGGAAGAUGCUAUAAGGGAGCGAGUUGGUUUGAAGCACCAGCAUUUAGGUGAUGUUCGCUCACUCUCUCUACCAGGAAUGUUUCAAGACAAAAUAACUUAUUUAGGAAAAUCCUUAAAGCACUUCAGCCGAUUAAAAUGUUUAGACCUUUCUCGCAACACUAUUGUUUCGUUGGAGGGUCUUCAACAUUUGACUGUGUUAGAAAAACUUAAUUUGUAUUCCAACAACAUUGCAUCGUUAACAGAGAUGUUUCAUCUUCGGAAACUGAUAGCACUAAAGGAAUUGGACUUGCGACUCAACCCAGUUACUAAAAAUGAAUCUGAUUAUCGUCUUUUUCUGGUGCACAUGCUACCAAAUCUAAGGUUUUUGGAUGACAAACCUGUUCGAGACCGUGAACGCAAAGCAGCCCUUGAGUGUUUUACUACAGAGCGUGCAUUUGAACUUCAGGAUCCUUCCCCAGCCUCAGGAGUUAGCACCAAACCUGGUCAUCCUAGAGCUGCUUAUAUAAGAUCUUUAUCACAAAAAUAUUCUGUGCUUGAUGAUGAUGAUGAAGCUGUUCUUGAUCUCAUUGCAAAGAGUGAACUGGAACUAAAUACCCUGCAUCGGAUAACAGGAUCUGCAAAGAAAGACCAAGAAGCCAAACUUCACAGUUUGCAAGGUAUUCGUCUGAUUGAUGAUGGUGUCAUUUACAGAAAAUAUCGUGAAGAUAGAUCAAAUAGUCAGCAAAUUAAGAAGCAAAAAGAAAAUAUUUCUAAGCAAAUUUGUUCAGAAGAUGAAACACCUUUACAAAUUCAGAAAGAUGAGCAAGCUCAGCAAAUCUUGCCUAAACCUUCUCAUCAGCCAACACAAAAUUAUAAUAUGAAUCACUUGUUAGCCAAAAAUACAAAUGGAAUCAGGGUAAAAUGUAUAGCUAGUAAACUAAGACAAAAGCAACAUCAAGAUCCUAACCUUAAGUUUGAAGAUGAGGUGCAAGCUCACAACAAAAUAAUUUCUCACUUUGACUUCACUCCUCACCCUUCAACAGAACCUGAAGAAACUGCUCAUAAGAAAGAAGCAUAUAAGAUUUUGCCUGUGUCCUCUGCAGAAUUUCCUCAUAAUAUACCAAGAAACAGAAAUCAUUCUAUUAAGAAGCAUAUCCAGGGUUUUCAAGAGUAUAAUGGUCAUCCUAGUUAUGGAAAUGAUUGCAAGAGAGUAACCACAAAUCAGCUAGAUCCCUCUUCCCUUCAGAAAAUAGAAGAUAAAGAGGACUGCUUAUCUGAGGCCGGUAAAGAUUGCAAGAAGGCACCUUGUGUCCUAGAUCGUGCAUCUGAAUAUGAUGAUCAUGACAAAUAUGAACCAACUUCUAUGGAAUAUCUAUUGGAUUUGAUUGACAAAUACUGGAAUGGUGCUAAAUCUCUACACUCCAAUGAAGCAUUCCUUUGCAAAGCAAAGCAAAUUAUCUCAAAAGUGCAGCACAUUAAUUGCCCACACGAUCUCCAAAAGAAAAGUACAAUUCCAAAUGACCAGAAUAAGGGCAUAGCUCCUGAAAAAACGUCUCUCCAUGAACCUGUUUAUCAGAGUAAUGACAGAUUACAAAGUCUUGAAAUGCAACUACAAAACACAAGAAAAGAUAUGGAUUGCCUAAAACAGCAGUUAGACCUAGUGCUACAAGAGAAUGGUGAACUGAAAAAUAUGCUAUUGAAUAAUAAUAAAAAGGAAAAGAAUACAUUACACUUUACAGAUCCAAAUCUUAAAGAUUUAAGAAUUUCAGAUUUACAAAGUCACAAUCAACAACUCCAGCAGGAAAUUGAUGUCUUAAAAUGCAAGCUGCAGUAUUUUGACAAGAUACAGAGCCUGACUGAGAUGCUACAAGAAAGCCACCGGUCUUUAAUAUCUUCCAACGAACAUCUUAUGAAAGAAUUGAAAGGAACACAGACAAGACAUAUGACUGAAGAUGCCACACCUGAGCUAUAGUGAUAUUCGGAAAAUGUAUAUGGAUUCAACAAGCAAUAUUUAAGGACUGAUGUUUUCCAAUAAUUACAAAUAUCACAGAGUGUUCACUAUCUGAUUUGUACAUUUUAUUAAAAAUAAAUUAUUUUUUGAUGAU